CAUCGCUGAGUAUCUGACUACAGACUUAUACGCUACUUUUUAUCUUUCUUACUGGUGGAACAUGCCGUGGACGUAAUGCAAAAUGUUCAUUCUAUCGAACUGCGAUUUUUUGCUUCUUCUACCGUCAUAAUCUGGAAUCAAUAAUGUACAAAUUGUUGACGGUGCUCUUGCUAGUGGCAUCAACGUCUGUGUUGAUAAAGAAGUUCCCGAUGGCAUUUCCGAUACAUUCCGCAAUAUCCGAAAGCGAGACAUUAGAUUAUUUGCAAAAAUUCGGGUAUCUACCGUCAUCGGAUCAUAAAUCGGCUUCUAUGAUUACGGAAGAACAGUUCAACACAGCGUUAGCUCAGUUCCAACGCCUGGCUAAUAUUCCAGUAACUGGCGCAAUGGACGCAGCUACGCAGCAAAUGAUGACCGUUCCGCGCUGUUCUGUCCCCGAUAUUCCAACUGAACCGUUGCGGCAUCGCAGUAAACGCUCGCUCCACCGCGGAAAGUGGCUGCAACGAAGAAUUACGUGGGCUGUUACACAGCCGACGGAACAGCUGCCGCUGGAUGAUAUCGAGGACGAGAUGGCGCGCGCGUGGCAGGUGUGGACCGAGCACACGGAUCUCGAUAUCCGCCGGGCGAUCAACGAUAAGCCGCCGAAUAUCGACAUCCGAUUCGCACAGUACAGCCACUGCACCAGUGCAGCCUUUGACGGGCCGGGCGGAGCGGUUGCACAUGCAUUUUAUCCAAAAUUUGGCGGCGAUGUCCAUUUUGAUGACUCCGAAACAUGGUCAACCAGUGAACAACUGCGAUUGCGACUGCAGUAUCGCCCAGAGCGCCCCAACCGAUUGUACUUAAACCAGCGGCCCGAUCCGAUCGGAUUGAACCUUCUGUAUGUCGCAGCGCACGAGUUCGGUCACGCCCUGGGAUUGGAGCACCCUCGAACUCCAUCCAGAGGACUGAUGAGGCCCUUCUACCAACACUGGGUUGACAAGGUGGCACUGGCUGCCGAUGAUAUCAAAGCACUACAAAAUCUCUAUGGACCGCCACCAUUAGAUAUCUGCAAAGAUCCGGUCAUCGAUGCCGCAACAACAACGGCCGACGGGCGCACCUUCGUUUUUAAAGGGGAGUUUUAUUAUGAACUGGACGAGGACGGUGUUAUGCCCGGAUACCCGCAACGCAUUAGCGAAGACUGGUGGAAUCUGCCAGGAAAUCUGGAUGCGGCGUUUACAUGGAACGACGGGACGACGUUUUUCUUCAAAGAUGACAAAUACUGGAAGUUCGAGAAUAUGGUUCCGGAAAAAGAUUACCCACAAUUGAUUAAUGAUGGAUUUCCGGGAAUCCCGAAUAAUAUUGAUGCAGCGUUUACGUGGAACGGCAAUAACCACACAUACUUUAUUAAAGGUAACAAUUACUGGCGCUACGAACCGUCUAACAAAGCAACGUGGCGGUUUGGCCAGGAUGCAAAUAUACGGCUACUUAAAAGCGAACAUUAUCCUCGCAGCCUAACGAACUGGAAGGGAUUGCCGAGCAAAAUCGACGCGGUUCUCCCGUGGACGAAUGGUUACACGUACUUCUUUACCGGUGCAGUGUAUUAUAAGUUGAACGACGCUAACAUCAGCGUGGAGAGCGGUUACCCACGGCCGACAGGAUACGCGUGGUUGGGAUGCGACUAGCUGGAAUAAGAGAGUGCUGUGCAUACAACUUCAUGGUUCCUUAAAAAAUGCCGGUUGGAGAGGUGCAUUCUUUUUUGACUUGCGGAAAACUCGGGUGAAAUAAUUAUUGAUCUCAUUGUAUACUGUAUAUCCGAUUUUCGGAUCUGGCGACGUUUUCUCGUUUCUUAUUUCAAUGCUGCCAGGUUUCGACGCAGAUUAUGAAGCUUAAAAUUAAUAAUACAAAGUACUAAUCGAGCGAGCGUUAGGAUUGCCAGUGAGACAGAUUGAACAAAAACCAGU